UAAAAGAUAAUUUCCGUUGUAUAUUCACUUGAAAGUCACUGACGAUUGAAGGGAGUACAUCAGCACAGUGGCCGUUGAUGGACCAUCCCUAUGAAGAAACAGGGUUACAAUGGGACAGAAUACCUCGGAGCAACAGGUCCGAGACGACGUUUCACCUGACGGAUUUGAUAACCUCAAGACAUUUGUGGAGGAAGAACUACAGACGAGCAUGAUGGUGGGGAUGGUGAUUGGGGCAGGCAUCGCUAUAGUCCUCAUUGCUGUCCUCAUCUUCUUCAUCUUGCGAAGGAUCCAACUUCGAAACCUAGAGGCUCAGGAGGCACCCAAAUACCGCUUUCGAAAAAGGGACAAAGUCAUGUUCUACGGACGAAAGAUCAUGCGUAAAGUCUCCCAGUCUACCUCUUCCCUGGUGGGUACGUCCUCCUCCACUCGGCCACGCCUAAAGAAGAAGCAGAAGAUGCUGAACAUUGCCAAAAAGAUCCUACGCUUUAAGAAGGAGGUGCCCACCCUUCAAGCGAAGGAGCCCCCUCCCUCUGUGCUGGAGGCCGACCUCACUGAAUUUGAUGUGGCCAACUCCCACCUCCCCUCUGAGGUGCUCUACAUGCUCAAAAAUGUCCGUGUGCUGGGCCACUUUGAGAAGCCCCUGUUCCUAGAGCUGUGCAAACACAUGGUCUUUCUACAAUUCCAACAAGGGGAGUAUGUCUUCAGACCAGGCCAGCCUGACAGCAGCAUCUAUGUGGUUCAGGAUGGAAAACUAGAAUUGUGCCUUACUGGAACGGAUGGCAAAGAAAGUGUGGUGAAGGAGGUUUACGCAGGAGACAGUGUCCAUAGCCUCCUCAGCAUUCUGGAUGUCAUCACAGGCCACCAGAAGCCUUACAGAACAGUGUCAGCACGGGCUGCAGAGGUUUCCACUGUUCUCCGUUUACCUGUAGAGGCCUUCCUGGCUAUAUUUGAGAAGUAUCCUGAGAGCCUAGUGCGAGUAGUUCAGAUUAUCAUGGUCCGUCUCCAAAGAGUGACAGUCCUAGCCCUUCACAACUAUCUGGGGCUGACCAAUGAGCUCUUCAGUCACGAAAUGCAACCUUCACGUCUGCCACCGCCGUCACCUCACCCUACUCGCACCAGUCCUGUCCGCCAUGGAAAGCGGUUUGGCAGUCUGACGGUGCCUGAGGAGCAUCGUGAAGCUGCCAUCAAAGGUGAAGCUCAAGGAGGAGAACAAGGGAAGGAUGGAGCCCCACCUACUCUUAGCAGGACAAUCUCCAUGCCUGUAGACAUUUCUGGAAUACAGAAAGGUCUGAGAUCAGAUUUUGACAUGGCUUAUGAGAGAGGACGGAUUUCUGUCUCUGCAGAGGACGGCAACACUCCUCCCACCUUUACUCGGUCUGUGUCCCAGGACCAACGUGAGAGGAGGGUUACAGUAGAUGAGGUUCCUUCAGGCAUCUACUUGUACCCUGAAGAAGAGUCAGCUGUUGACAGCAUUUUUACCUCUGUAUCUAGUCGAUCCAGUGCUACUUUCUUUGAGGAAGCUCAGAAAGAGGUGCACAGACUCAUGAGGAUUGAGGACCCAUCCUUAUUGAAUGGGAAAGUGACUCUGCAUCAUGCAAAAGCUGGAGCUGUCUUAGCAAGGCAGGGGGACCAGGAUGUGAGUCUGCACUUUGUCCUGUCUGGCUGUCUCCACGUCUACCAGCGGAUGAUCGACAAACAGGAGGCUGUUUGCUUGUUUGUGAUCCACCCCGGAGAGAUGGUAGGCCAGCUUGCUGUGCUCACUGGAGAGCCCCUUAUCUUUACCAUUAAGGCUGUCCGAGACUGUACUUACCUGAAGAUCUCAAAGUCAGAUUUCUAUGAGAUUAUGAGGGAGCAGCCCAGUGUGGUGCUGAGUGUGGCCCACACAGUGGCUAUCCGCAUGUCUGCUUUUGUCAGGCAGAUGGACUUUGCUAUUGACUGGAUGGCUGUUGAAGCUGGCAGAGCCCUCUACAGACAAGACGACCAGUCAGAUUGCACCUACAUUGUUUUGAAUGGACGUCUGCGUUCAGUCAUUCGCAAGGCAAACGGCAAGAAGGAGUUGGUUGGGGAAUAUGGUAGAGGUGACCUCAUUGGUGUGGUGGAGGCCUUGACCAAGCAACCAAGAGCCACCACUGUCCACGCUGUAAGAGACACUGAGCUCGUGAAGCUGCCCGAGGGAACACUGAACAACAUCAAAAGACGAUAUCCACAGGUUGUGACAAGGUUGAUCCACUUGCUAGGCCAAAAGAUUCUGGGAAACCUGCAGCAGGGUCGUGGGCCAUUCUCAGGUUCAGCCCUCAGUUUGCCCAGUAUGGCAACAAGUGCUGAUGUCACCAACCCUGCUAGCAACCUCUCAACUGUGGCUGUGCUGCCUGUAUGUGAUGAAGUGCCCAUCAAUGCAUUCAACUUGGAGCUUAGCCAUGCCCUCAGUGCUAUUGGGCCCACUCUGCUUCUAACCAGUGAGAUAAUCCGAGAGCGCCUGGGUGCUUCUGCUUUGGACAGUAUCCAUGAGUAUCGUCUCUCUGGCUGGCUGGCCCAGCAGGAAGACAUCAAUCGAAUCGUGUUAUACCAGACUGACAACAGCAUGACCCCAUGGACUCAGCGCUGCAUCAGGCAGGCUGACUGCAUCCUCAUUGUUGGCCUGGGGGACCAGGAACCUACACUCGGGGAGCUGGAACAAAUGCUGGAAAACACAGCAGUCCGGGCUCUGAAGCAGCUAGUACUUCUGCACAGAGAGGAUGGACCGGGCCCAUCCAGGACAGUCGAGUGGCUCAACAUGCGCAGCUGGUGUUCUGGGCAUCUGCACCUCAAGUGUCCUCGCAGGGUCUUCUCCAGGCGCAGUCCCAGCAAACUGAGGGAGGUAUAUGAGAAGGUGUUUGAGAAAACAGCAGACAGACACAGUGAUUUUUCUCGGCUGGCCCGAGUCCUGACUGGAAACAGCAUCGCCCUUGUGUUGGGAGGAGGUGGAGCUAGAGGCUGCUCUCAUGUGGGUGUGAUAAAAGCUAUGGAGGAAGCGGGGAUUCCUAUUGACAUAGUGGGUGGGACAUCAAUUGGCUCAUUCAUUGGUGGAUUGUAUGCUGAGGAGAGGAGUGCUGUUCGAACCAAACAGAGAGCCAGAGAGUGGUCCAAGGCAAUGAAUUCAGUGUUUAAAACAGUGCUUGACCUUACCUAUCCCAUCACCUCCAUGUUCUCUGGUUCUGCCUUCAACACUAGUAUCUAUAAAGUGUUCCAGGACAAGCAAGCUGAGGACCUCUGGCUUCCAUACUUCAAUGUCACCACUGACAUCACAGCCUCUGCCAUGCGUGUUCAUCAGGAUGGUUGCGUCUGGCGCUAUGUUAGAGCCAGCGCCUCCUACACCCCCUAUUUACCUCCCCUGUGCGACCCCAAGGAUGGCCACUUGCUUGUGGAUGGUUGCUAUGUUAACAAUGUCCCAGGCUCUCUGUGGCGCUAUGUGCGGGCGAGCAUGACCCUCUCGGGGUAUCUGCCGCCUCUCUGCGACCCCAAAGAUGGCAACUUGCUAAUGGAUGGUGGCUACAUCAACAAUCUGCCAGCGGACAUUGCUAGAAACAUGGGUGCCAGAACAGUCAUUGCCAUUGAUGUGGGUAGCCAAGAUGAGACUGACCUCUGUAACUAUGGUGACAGCCUAUCUGGCUGGUGGUUGCUGUGGAAACGGAUCAAUCCAUGGGCAGAGAAAGUAAAGGUACCAGACAUGGCGGAGAUCCAGUCGCGGUUGGCGUAUGUUUCAUGUGUGCGGCAGCUAGAAGUGGUAAAGACAAGUGCCUACUGCGAGUACAUCCGACCGCCGAUUGACCGCUUCAAAACCAUGGACUUUGGCAAGUUCGAUGAGAUCUACGAUGUGGGCUACGAGCACGGUAAGUUGGUGUUUACUGGCUGGGCUCGAGGUGACAUUAUCGAGAACAUGCUGAGGGAUCACCGUUCUGCUGACUACAAUGACAGCAAGAGAACUGAUUCCUGCACGUGUCCAGGAGCUGACUUCACUGACCUUGCAGAGAUUGUAUCUAGGAUUGAGCCGGUCCAAAGCUAUGUAGCUACAGAAGCGGAGGAGUCAGACUGUCUGACAGAGUACGAGGAAGACGGGAUGGACACAGUGAGAGAGGAAGAAGGGGAAGAGGAGGAGGACGAGGCAGAGGACGCUGAAGAUCACUCCCCUGGAGAGUGGGGACAGAAUGGAAUCUUUCAGACUGAUGAGGAGAAAUCUGUGAGACAGCGCAGAAAACUUACCAGCGACUCCAACACUUCUGAAGUCUCAGACAGCUAACAGCGUAUCCCGAGGAAGUCAAAGGACAUAAAAAUGGGUCAAGUAAUGGGCCCAUAAAUUGUCAAGGCUUGAGAUUUAAAACCACACUCAGAACCUGCAGCUUCUGAAACUCUGGAGUAAUGGUUUAGGUUUUUGGAGGAGAACCACUUUUCAUCCUCUAAGUGAAUCCUUUUUGCAUCGAGUGGCUUCCAUCUGAUAUAUGUGGUCUCCAAAAUGUUCAGGUUUAUAGAGUUUACCCAACCCAGAGGUUAUAAUCAUCAACAACACAUCAAACUGAUUCCUUCCACCACAAGAACAACUCUGAUCUUUAAAUUCAACAAUUCAGAUCAUUAACAGCGUCCCGUCUGUAUGCCUGAAUCUGUAUGUGUCUUUAAAGGUUGCAUAUUAUGCAAAUUUCACUGUCUAAAGUCAUAUGUGUCCUUAUUGCCUGUGGCCCAAAAAUGAGAAAAUUCUGUCACCUCUCUCGCUUUCUUGCUCCACUUUCUAGAAAAUGUGUGCUCAAAUGAGUGAGUCUGAGAUAUUUCCUUUUGUGACAUCAUGAAGGGAAAAACCACUUCCUUGGGCACCAGCGAAAGCCAGAUCCUUUCCCAGAGAAGGGCACCACUCAUGAACAUUUAAAGGUUCAGAGACAGAAACAGAGCUCACUAGAGCUGCAUUUGGAAUGGCUGAAAUUAAGGACCAAGGCCGAAUUCGGGGUAAUAAACUUUGAAAUCGAUGUUGUUGGACCUCUGACACCUAUAUGACAUUGUUGAAAAAAUGGAUAAUAUGGGACCUUUAAUGUUGGUACAACUCUCAUUGUUGAGGAUUUCUCACAUUUUGUGGUAUUGAUUUCUCCUGUGCGUUUGCUCACAUGGGUGCAUGUGUCUUACCUGUGUGCGGAUGACUGAUUAGUUCAGACAAACAAAGCCGAAAUCGUAGCAAGACACUGGAAAGAAAAAUGAGAAAUGACAGAAAUUUCAAGUAAAAAAUGAGGGAUCAAUAUGUUCUGCAAACAGUUGAAAAGAUUGCUAAAGAACAAAUUAAAAAAAGUGUGUCUUAGGGAAGAAAUUAAUCUUUGAGCUAAGUGUUAGUUUGAUUUUACUUAUUUAUAAUUAACGCUCACUAGAGUAAAGUGAACUUGAAGCUCUGUACUGUAGGUAGACUAACUCCAGCAGGUUGACGGAGAUGAGAAUGAAUGAGAUGGUUUUCUGUGAGUGAAUGAUGCUGUGUGUGAAUGCAGGAAAUGUUUUGUUCAAGAUAAUGCCAGAUUGAAAUGCCUUUUUUUAACUACUGUUCAGCCCAGUCGGUGAACACGACUGUGGCGCAAUCACAGAACUGACACCACAAACAAGUGUGCAUUUUCUUCUGCUCGAAUAGACACAAGACAACACUCUCAGUGCUCAGGGUUCCUGCGUAUAACUUGACAUUCAUGACAAAAAAAUGCCCUCCGCUAGUGAACAAUAAUGUGUAUUUAAGAGUGUGUAUCAGACUGUGGAGGUAUGAUAAAUCUCCAGAACCUUGCCAAUACAUUUUAUCAAAAAUAAAUAGAAUUUUUUUUACAUGGGUAGUACGCAGAAAUCCAGAGUAAUCCUAAAAUUCAAGUGGGCAGAAAUUCACCUUGGGUAACACUUAGGUCAUAUGGACUUAAUGUAGAAAUUGUAACUAGAUUAUAUUAUAACAGACAUAAUGUUAAUAUUCAUAUAUGUAUAUGAGGUGGAAAUUUUUGAGUUAAUGCUUUGCUGCAAAAUAAGGGACUUUGCACCUGAAAAAAGGAUUGUUGUUGUCAACAGCUGACAGACUUGCUUCUUUUGUUUGUUUAUUCAUGUGUUAAUUAAUGGCUUUUUAAAUAUUAGGGAAGGAGUGAUAUAUUACUUUGGCUUUAGCUGUUUUGCACUGAAAUAUUUGAAGUCUCCUUUGUUCAGAAGAUGUUUGACUAAAAUUUUGUCAUUCACCUUAAUGCCAGGGGAAUCUAAGGAAUAAAAAAGAGGUUAUAAUUUAAUAUGCAUAUUGAAAAAUAAACAUAAUAUGCAUCCUG